AUGCCUGACAGCGCUCACGGCCUUCAGCGUUCGCCCCUCCAAAUCACGUAUGCGAGCUUUCUGGAGGUGGACUACGAGAAUUAUCGCCAUGUGGUCAUCAGACCGCUAAGCUCCCCAUGUCAAUGCAGCAGUAGCCUGCCAUCCGAGCCUCGCUGCUCUAUCCUCGGCAUGGCCGAGCCUGUGACUCUGGGUCGGUUUGUCGGAGCGUUGGGCAAGACAUGGGCGCUCAUAGGCGCCCUCUAUCUCUUUGACAAGUACUCGCCUCUCGGCUGGUGGACGUUUAAACCUCGCCCUAAGGAGGAGAGGGCCAUGGCGCACUUAUACGAGAGGGGCCCCACGCCCUUCCCAGGGGACGCAGCAGCCGGCGACCCGCACGCAGUGGACCGUUACUUUGAGCGCGGCGGUGUCGCAACCACCGUCGUGCCGGCGCGGUUCCGCCAGUCCUCUUCUGCUGGCAGCGCUGGCGCUGACAUGGAGGGUCGGCGGGCGGCGGAGGAUCAGCGGGUGAAGCGGGAGGCGCUGAGGCUGUGGCUGCGCAUGAGGAGGGAGGCAGAGAGGGAGCUGAAGGCACAGGGUUAUGAUCCAAUGCAGUGA